AUGAAGAAAUUUGACUACAGGCAAAGAAAUUCAGAUCACACCUUGUUUCUUAAGCGAAGAGGAGGCAGAACAACAUGCCUGAUAAUUUAUGUCGAUGACAUGAUCAUUACUGGGGAUGAUAGAGACGAAAUUGCAAAUCUGAAGGGAAAGCUAUUUCAAGAAUUUGAGAUGAAAGACCUGGGUAGGCUGAAGUACUUUCUAGGGAUUGAAGUUCUUAGAUCAAACAAAGGAAUUUUCAUAUCCCAAAGGAAGUAUGUUUUAGACCUGUUAACUGAAACAGGGGUGCUGGACUGCAAGCCCAUCGAGACACCAAUGAUGAUGAACCAUGGACUACAGAUGAUUGAAGGAGGGAAAUUAGCUGAUCGGAUGCAGUAUCAACGCAUGGUAGGGAAACUAAUCUACUUAGCUCACACAAGGCCUGAUAUUGCAUAUGCAGUAGGAGUAGUCAGCUGA